AUGGAUAAUUUAAUGAAUCCGAGUACUCAUGCUACAAGCACUCCUACACUCCCUCAAAUCCUGCACAUAUCCAAAAGUCCAGUCGUUCAUGACAUAGAACUCUCGAAAGUUCUCGAAAACGCUAAGGACUUAAUGCGUAAACUUUUGUCUUCGGAAGGAAUGAUGAGUCCAGCGGAAGAUCAUGAAUUUAUCAACAAGGGCACAAGUAAUGUCAAUGGAGAUGCAUAUCAACAUAACCUACCUCCAUCUAAUGAUAGUAAUAAUAACUAUAGGGGAGGCCUCCUUACCAGCACGAACUUCGUUUCCAAUAACAAGAUACAAAAAGAAGAAAUUGUAACCACAAUGGAUUCACUGAUGCGAUCAAUAGAUUUUCAAUUGAAACAAAUACAGCAAUUGAAAUUUAAAAAUAUGAUGCUAAGUACAAAUAAUAUCGACGCACAAUCAAGACUAACUGUGGAAGAAAAUCUUCAAAAACAUGAACAUGAAAGGCUAAAAAGUCAAUUGCUUUCAGAGAAGCAAACUUUGAUGGAGCAAUUGAAAGUAUCUGAUAAUAAAGUCAAGAAAUACAAAAAAAGAAUUGUGGACAAGAAUAGAGAAAUAAAUAGACUAUUGAAACUCUUGCGCCAAAAUUCAGUAGACGUAAGUCAAAUUGAAGGUAUCUCUUUCGACUCUAGUACAUCUUCAGUAAGGAUAAAUACUUCUGAGAGUAUUUCAAGGAAUAAAAAAUCAAAUAUGCUCAGAACUUUAGGGGUUUUGGCUACACAGGUGCUAAAUGAUAACACAGAAGAUACCUCAGCCAAUCAAACAAUUUUGCAACCAAUUGGAAAAGGUGAUGAUGAAACCGAGGCAGAAAUUUCAUUUUAUACAAAUAAUACCGAAAAUUAUCCAAACACUAAUAACAAUGUUCUAACUUCGUUGCCAAAUUUACCAGAAGUAAAAAUUAGCUCACCUAAUAAUGCACCAAAUCCUAUAGUAUUACCAAAAAUGAGAAGUUUUAGUACAGUGGACGGGUCAGUAAAAGACAGAUAA